UGUGAGUGACACAGGUGGAGGGAAAUGCGGGGGAAUUGCAUUUUGACGUCUGGGUUGCUGUUUGCCACUCUGUCUCUUGCUAUUGCCAAGCACAAGCCAUCUUCCUUCGCCAAGAGCUGCUACCCAAGGGGGACACUGUCCCAAGCUGUUGACAUGCUCUAUGUCAAGGCAGCAAGGCUCAAAGCAACAGUUCCAGAAGACAGCAUAAAAAAUAUACGAUUAUUAAAAAAGAAAUCAAAAAAGCUAUUUAUGAAGAACUGCAGAUUCCAAGAACAGCUUCUGUCCUUCUUCAUGGAAGAUGUUUUUGGUCAACUCCAAUUACAAGUUUGCAAGGAAAUGCACUUUGUGGAAGAAUUUCACAGCUUUAGGCAGAAACUGAGCCGCUGUAUUUCCUGUGCUUCAUCAGCUAGAGAGAUGAAAUCCAUUACUAGGAUGAAAAGAACAUUUUAUGGGAUUGGAAACAGAGGAAUCUACAAAGCCAUCAAUGAAUUGGAUAUACUUCUUUCCUGGAUUAAACAAUUCCUGGAAAAUAUUAAGUAAUGCAAGAAAUCAAUUGAUUUGAUUAUUUUAAAACAGAAUAAAAACCACCAGGAACAAAUUUAAAACAGCGUAUUUCUUUUUUAAAUUCUGUACAUAGUACUGACAGCAAGUUAGAUUCAUAAUGGACUGGAGCAGGCAUGUCAAACUUGCAGCCCUCAACAAAUAUUCAUUAACGAUGACUCAUUUAUUCCAGCCCUUUGUA